UGGUCUUCGCCUAAGUUCGGCAAAUUGGUGGCCGAAGAGGCGCGACGUAAAGGCUUUUUGCGAUUCAUUCACUCGCGAGUGAUCGCAAACGCCGAAGAGAUCGCCUUUUAUGGCGGCCAUCAAAUUGAGAUGAAUAUUCUUCAGAAGGCGUACAAAGACUUGGCCCGACAGAUGAAUGUCAUAUUCAAUAAGCGCUUGUGGUAUAUAAUGCUCGAACAGUUCCUAAUGAAGUACGUCUGGAGCGCCACCGGAAUGGUUAUCAUUGCCGUACCCGUCAUGACAGGCAUGACUGGUAUGUCACGGCUCACGUCCGGAUCCGACGAUUCCGACCACCCGUCCGACGAUGUGAGCGAACGGACACAAUAUAUGACAACCGCUAAGAAUAUAUUGAUCGCCGGCGCCGAUGCUCUCGAACGACUUCUCUCCUCCUAUAAAGAGGUGACAGAGUUGGCCGGAUAUACGGGUCGAGUGUCCAAAAUGUUGACAGUGUUUGAAGAAGUGAGUGAAGGCAAGUUCAAGCGAACCAUUGCUAAGUCGUCCAACAAACUCAAAAAGUCUAAUCAAUCGUUGCUUUCAUUUCACGACGGAAUGCCUGAAAUUAAAGGUCAAGUGAUUGAAGUGAGCGGUUAUGUGCGGUUAGAGAACGUGCCUAUUAUUACACCCAAUUGUGAUAUUGUCGUUCCCAGUCUUUCCUUUACGAUGACAACAGAUAUGCAUUUGUUAAUUACUGGUCCUAACGGUUGCGGCAAAAGUUCAUUGUUCCGAAUACUGGCCGGACUGUGGCCUACAUUCGGUGGCAAACUAGAGCGACCGAACUCUAAGCAAAUGUAUUACAUCCCUCAGCGGCCAUACAUGUCGUUGGGAACACUUCGGGAUCAAGUCAUAUAUCCGGACGACUGGGAAACGAUGCAAAGCAAAGGCGUGACCGACGAAGACCUGAUGGAAAUCCUAACUCAGGUUCAUCUCAAGCAUAUCGUUAUACGAGAGGGCGGUUGGAGUGGAAGAGGAGACUGGAAGGACAUAUUAAGCGGCGGUGAAAAACAACGCAUGGGAAUGGCCCGACUCUUCUACCAUCGGCCUGAGUUUGCGCUUCUGGAUGAGUGCACGAGCGCCGUCUCCAUAGACGUCGAGAGUCAUGUGUACCAAACGGCCAAAGAUAUGGGCAUUUCGUUGAUUACGAUUACACACCGGCCGUCGCUCUGGAAAUUUCACACACAUUUGCUUCAGUUUGACGGAGAGGGCGGAUGGCGUUUAGAGCCAUUGGACACUUCCACACGACUCACACUCCGCGAGGAGAAGGAGAAACUCGAGUCAUCGCUCGGAGGGGUUCCCAAAAUGCAGAACCGUUUGCAAGAGUUGUGCUCAAUAUUAGGCGAAGACAGUGUCCUUCUGUUACGCAAACACGACGACGACUACCACUCUAUUAACUCCAGUUCCCAGAAGUCGGAAGAUUCAGCCGAUUUGUCUGAUGCCAGUCAUGUCAGCACUCUUUCCGAUUGCUGA